AUGUCUCUCCCCUGGAAGCGUCUAAUCCGUUUCAUAGCCACAGACGGGCGUACCCUCCGCGGAGAACCCAUUCUGCCCAGCAGCACCGAGACCACCGAUCUCGGCCUGAUCACCGAAUCCGACAAGCUGCAGGCGCGCGUAAUUGAAGGCGAUGAUAUUUACGACACCACGGGCCGGACACGGGUUACGGAUGAGGUGGUCACCGUGCGGACUGUGCUUGGUCCGCUGGCGCAGGAGGAAGUGCCGAUUCUGCGAUGUGUGGGGUUGAAUUAUGCGAAGCAUAUCAAGGAAGCAGGCCGCACUCCGCCACCAUUCCCAUUUAUCUUCUUCAAACCGAAUACCACGGUGCAUGACCACGGGCAGCCGGUGGUGAUUCCGAAAAUCGCUCAGGAUGACCAGGCAGAUUAUGAAGGAGAACUAUGCCUUGUAAUCGGCCGCGACGCCAAAAACGUCCCCGCCUCCGAAGCCCUCUCCUACAUCGCCGCCUACACAGUAGGCAACGAUGUGUCAUCACGCAAGCUACAACGUGACCCAGCGCUCGCCGGACGCGUCCCACAAUGGGGGUUCUCGAAGGGCUUCGACACAUACGCGCCACUGGGUCCGUGUCUUGUGGCGGGGAGCGAGAUCCCCGAUCCGAGCAAACUGCAGCUGCGCACUGUUGUUGAUGGACAGGUGCGGCAGGAAGAGUCUGUGAGUGAUUUGCUGUUUGAUUGUGCGUACUUGGUGUCGUAUUUGUCGUCGGGGACGACGCUGCAGAAGGGCAGUGUGAUUAUGACGGGGACGCCCGGAGGUGUUGGGUCGGGAUUGACUCCGCCACGAUAUUUGGUUCCCGGGACGCAGAUGGACGUGUCGAUUGAGGGCAUUGGGACGUUGCGGAAUGGCGUGGUGUUUGAGUAA